AGCUCAUGACUCAGUGUUCCUCCCAGAAACUGCUCUACCUCGGGAAACAUACCGUCUUUUUUUUCUUUUUUUUUUCUUUUUUUUUUUUAAAUAUAUAUUUACCGAACUCCUUACGUAAACCCCAGAAAAAGGAAGUUACCGUGGAGAUUUCUCGCAUCGAGGAAACGAACGGAGUGAUACGUCGUCAGGUCCAAGUCGAAAGAAAAAGCCCACUAAAAUCUUUGAUGGAUUACAGGACGUGUUCGGCGCUGGAUUGAUGGUAAAAAAAAAUAAUAAAAAAAUACCUGACUGUGACGUCCAGGUAUGCGGACGCUCCCCCGCAGACACAAAGGAACUCGCUUCACUUUUGGGACGACAGCGAGCUGACGUCUUCCCUCGUUGGGGCGAUGAAUGCUGCCGUUUAUUCGGCGUGAUUUCAGCUUGUGUGUGUCCUCCUUCUUCUCUCUCCCAUGCAUAGCCUGUGCAGGGUGAAGAUGCAGGUCCGGACGGUGCUGGACGUCAAAGUGGUGGACGUGGAGAAGAGGCGCAGUCCGUCCAAACACUACGUAUAUCUGAUCAAUGUCACCUACUCUGACAAUACCUCCCACGUCAUAUACAGAAGAUACAGCAAGUUCUUUGACCUACAGAUGCAGAUACUUGACAAGUUUCCAAUUGAGGGAGGACAAAAAGACCCAAAGAAGAGGAUUAUCCCCUUUCUCCCAGGCAAAAUUCUGUUCCGGAGGAGUCAUGUGCGAGACGUGGCCAUGAAGCGACUGCGGUUUAUCGACGACUACUGCAGGGCACUAGUGCGACUACCCCCCCAAAUCUCACAGAGUGAAGAGGUGCUGCGCUUCUUUGAGACUAAAGCUGAGGACAUCAACCCCCCUGCGGAGGACUAUGGCUCGAAGCGCAAGUCAGUAUGGAUGUACGGCAUUACAGACAGCCCGAGGAAAGAGGCGUCAGGGAUUGACAGCUUGGAACCCAUGGUGCUGGAGCAGUAUGUGGCUGUGGCAAACUACGAGCGGCAGGAGAACUCUGAGAUCAGCCUCAAGGCCGGUGAGACGGUGGACGUGAUUGAAAAGAGCGAAAGUGGAUGGUGGUUUGUCAGCACAGCGGAGGAGCAGGGAUGGGUGCCUGCCACAUACCUCGACUCCCAAAGUGGAACUAGGGACGACUCGGAUCUAGGAACCUCCAGGACAGGAGAGGUGACUAAAAGACGCAAGGCUCAUCUGAAGAGGCUAGACCGCCGCUGGACCCUUGGGGGUAUUGUCAACCGCCAACAGAGCAGAGAGGAGAAAUACGUAACGGUGCAGCCGUAUAGCAGCCAAGGGAAGGAUGAGGUCAGCUUCGAAAAAGGGGUCACAGUGGAGGUGAUACAGAAGAAUCUGGAAGGCUGGUGGUACAUCAGAUAUUUAGGGAGCGAGGGGUGGGCCCCUGCCUCCUAUUUGAAAAAGCUGAAAGAAGACUUCAGCCCUCGCAAGAAGACCCUGUCCGGCCCCGUGGAGAUCAUCGGCAACAUCAUGGAGAUAAGUAAUCUUUUGCAAAAGAAGUCCGUCAGCGAGAAGGACAUGCAGACGGAAGGAGAAGGGAGCGUCACGCCGGAACGCCACAUCUGCAAGAGCGAGAUCAGCCUGCCUAUGCCCUUUAGCUCGGAGAUUAACGCUGAGACGGGAAGGAGGCUGAGCGCGGGCCGCGAUACCAACAGUCCGUGUCUGGGGAUAGCAGCCAGCACUGCCCGGAUGGAAGCCAAGGCGAGAGGCGAAGCUGGGUCGCCAGCUGUUGCCAGAGUCGCGCCGCAGAGAGUUGAGAAUGGGUCUCCAAAUCUGAGACAAAAACCUCCUCCAAGAAGAGAGACCAAUUUGGGGUUCCAGUUACCUAAACCACCAGAGCCACCUGCUGUGGAAGCGGAGUAUUACACCAUUGCAGAUUUCCAGUCUUCCAUUUCUGAUGGCAUCAGCUUCCAUGGAGGACAAAAGGCUGACGUGAUAGAGAAGAACCCUGGGGGUUGGUGGUAUGUGCAGAUUGGCGAAAUGGAAGGCUGGGCCCCUUGCUCUUACAUCGACAAACGCAAGAAACCCAACAUCAGCCGUCGAACCAGCACCCUAACCCGACCCACAGUUCCACCCCCAGCCCCGCCUGUGAAAAAGCAUGAUUCUGAAGACAGUCCUCCUUCUACCACCUGCACUCUGAAAGUAUCAGACUCUGUGUACGAGGAACCUGAAUAUGAUGUACCUGCAGUUGGCUGUGAUGGUGAAUCAGACACUGAUUCUCCCAAAGAUGAACGCUCCUUGAAUGUGAAGUUCAGCAGUGCAGUCGGCAACAAGUUUUCCCCACCCUCAAAUAAAGCCUCCCCUCCUGUCUGCAAAGAAUCGCCGAUUUUCAGCCAUCAAAGGGCGUCAUUUAGAUCUGACCAAAAAGUUGCUAAAAAGGAAUGCAUCUACGAGAAUGAUGCUUGCCGACCUACUAGUGGCACUGAAGGAAGGACAGCCAAAAUGUCCAGUGAACCCAACUCUCCAAGAAGCUACCAUUCCUCUACAGUUCCUCGCAAACUCUCUGGAUCUUCACCGGUGCCUGGUCGACUCUCUAAAAUCGUAACCCCAGAGAUGAAUAGGAGAAGCCAGACUCUUGAUAGACGUACAGACAUUAACCGCCGCUCUCAGGAGAACAGUCCACACUCCUCAUCAAAUGAAUCAAAAGGCACAAGCCUCAGCCGGGAUGUGGAGCAGAGAAUAGGCCAGAGCCCUUCUACAAGACCAAAGCCUUCUGUCAGACCUAAACCUCUCCUGACUAAAUCAGAGCCUCAGAGAACCGAAAGGAUGGACAUCAGCUCAUUGAGACGGCAGCUGAGACCCACAGGUCAGUUGCGACAUGGCCCCAAGCCUUCUCGAGGCGACGAUUCUGAAACAGCCUCUGUUAUUCCAUCCGAGCAAUCAAUGACUUUGCGCACUACGUCAGAUCUUUCGUCUGUAUACCCAAAAGAAGUCCAUGGAGAAUCUGACCCAAAGGGUUCAUGUUUGUACCGCUCCCUAGAUGCCUACAAGAAGGUACAAGAGUCUGAAAUCAGCUUUUCAGCUGGGGUGGAGGUUGAAGUUCUGGAGAAGCAAGAGAGCGGCUGGUGGUACGUGCGCUGGGGCUCUGAGGAAGGUUGGGCUCCCUCAUACUUUCUGGAGCCUGUUAAGAGAAUGAUGGAUAAUGCAAGGCUUGAAUCGGGUACUAGUGGUGAAAGAAAGUCCAAUAGCCUCGAGAAAAAUGAAAAGCAAGUUAUGGCUCGAAAUAACAUCAAUAUUCAAGGUCUGACCCAGCAGCAUCAAGGAUUGAGGAGGAACACUCCGCCUAUUCCUUCCAAGCCUCCUGGUGGUUUCUCAAAGCCGUCGGGGAUGGUUAACGGGGGCGUGCGGAUGAGGAAUGGGGUACGUCAAGUAGCAGUUAGGCCUCAGUCUGUAUUUGUGACCUCGACACAGCCAGCUAAAGAUACGCAUUACAUGACUGGCUCUCUAAGACGAAAUGAGUCACUUGGCAGAAGUGAUCACUACGGCUCUGGUUCUGCCACACUUGGCGUUCGCCGAAAUGCCUCCUUCAGCACGGUGCGACCACAUGUGGUGGUGGAAAGUCAGGCAAGACCCGCCGAGCGCUCCAACCUGGGGUCGUCAGUGAGUGGAUUUGGCUCAAGCAAUGCACAGGAUCCCCUUGGCAGAUUUAGCAAGCGCAACGGUAUCCCAAUGUCUGCAGUUCGUCCCAAACCCAUAGAGAAGAGCCAGCUGAUCCAAAAUAACCUUGGCAGAGAUGUGUAUGUGUCCAUCGCGGACUACCGUGGUGAUGAGGAGACUAUGGGAUUUGCUGAGGGCACCAGUCUGGAGGUCUUGGAGAGAAACCCCAAUGGUUGGUGGUACUGCCAGGUACAGGAUAGCUUGCUGCCCCGCAAGGGCUGGGUCCCAUCGAACUACCUUGAACGGAAAAAAUAAAAGCCAUCUACAUUUGAUCUUCAUCUAACCAAGAACCUUUCUAUUUGAUGUCUCUGGGAUGACAGGACGCAUCAUUCCUCAAGAACGUUAUCCACAAGCAAUACGUCCUUGAAAACUGGCAACUCUGAAAAGACGGUUUUGUCUCAUAAAGAGGACAGUUUAAAUGCUGGUUUACUGAAAAAAAAGUGUACAAAGAGUCUGACGUAUUUCACCGGAGAGGCAAAUAGAAAAGAAGGGUUGGACGUAUUUGACAAGGACCAUGAUGUUCCAAUUCAAAAACAUGGUGCGAAUGGGAGCCUCUCAAAGGGUUUUUCUAUUGUUCCAUCACCGGUGUGAUGAGUGAUAAGUGCCUUUUGUAUCACCUAAAUGGAAGUACAGUAGGUACGAGUACUACAAGGUGGAUAGAAAAAUGUAACAUCAACCAAAACUUGUAAAUGUGCCAUACAACUAUGAACACCACCGAGAAUCAUUCAGAACCCUUUAGUGGCUCCAAGAGGAAGCAACGGAAAGAUCUAUAGUUGGUUCAAGACUCAAAAGAUUCAACACUUUAGCUUUCUCCCAUGAGUCAAAGAACCAUGAUUAUUGUUUGUUUUCAACAUCUUUGGUUGAUGUCUUCCUUAGAUAAUAAUUUCUGCGUUCUUGGGACAUCUGUUAUCUGACAACUGCUUAAAAAGUACAAAAGUAAAAGCUCCUUGAUCAGUCGACAAUUUUAAGUGACACAAACAGUUUCCUUCAACGUGUGUUUCCAGUACAUUUUAAAAAGCAAAACAGGAAAAAAUACCAGUGAAUCAGAUGGUUGUUAUUGCAGUACCUAUUUUUCUUUUUCCAUAUGAUAAAACUGGUGUUACGUUAAUGCAUUGAUAAAUAGGACCUGGUAAAUCUGUGAAAAUGGCACUCUUUUAGUUUAUUUAUCAAACGAUGUGAUUACAGUUAUUUAUUUAUAGUACCAAUGUGCAGUGGUACCUCAGGGUAUGAGUACCAAAGCUCACACAUUUUUGAGAUACGAACUGUCUCUCUAAUUGUUCCACCUUAGGUUGCAAGCAAAAAUCUGGGUUACAAGCCUCACAGUGAACCCCGUAAGAUCCGACCAAAACUCUCGGUCUCACCCGCUAGCAUUAGCUUGGACAUAAAGUGAGUGUGAAGAACAGUGCUGAGAAGAUGUGGAUGAAAACAAUGAAUGCUCAAUAAACAUGUGCUUAGCAGUGCUAGUCUGCACCAUACUGAAGCAGAAUAAGUCGAAAACGCCAGCCAAAGAUGUUGAAAUAAUAUCUAAAUGGCGGACAUUUAUCCAUGAAAAUAUGGAAAAGCUGCUGAUGGUGACGGAGAAGCAGUGAACGAUACCGCAGAAGUCCACUCUCCAAGGUAAAUGAUCUACAUUACUUCUUAAAAUCACUGUAGUUGUUGGUAUUAUGUUCUAUUGCAUUGUUUUUCAUACAAUAUUUAUUAUUUAAAAGUUCAGGUUUCUCUUUAAAAGGCAUUCUACAUGUUAAUAUGGUGCUGUUUUCGGGGGUGGGAUUUCAAUUCAUUUCAAUGGGCCGCGCUAUUUUGCAACACAAGUUUUUCGAGGUACAAACUGCGUCAUAGAACCAACGAAACUGGUAUCCUGAGGUACCACUGCACAUCCAAUAGGGUAUUUGGACGGACAAAAAUGGGAAAACCUGUACUUACAAGGAAUGAUUUUUAUUGUUGGGUGGGAUUUAACCCUGAAAUAAAAGGAACAUAAUUGCUAUCCUUUUAGUUUUCCUGCGUCUUAACCAUUCGGUAAAAUUUUAGAUUUCAAAUAAUUAUAAUAAUACCAUCAAAACCUGACAUGAAAUUACAAUGUUCUACAGUCGAGAGUUUCAAAGCAUUAAAGGGGAACAUUAUCACCAGACCUAUGUAAGCGUCAAUAUAUACCUUGAUGUUGCAGAAAAAAGACCGUAUAUUUUUUUAACCGAUUUUCGAACUCUAAAUGGGUGAAUUUUGGCGAAUUAAACGCCUUUCUAGUAUUCGCUCUCGGAGCGAUGACGUCACAACGUGGGGUCACAUCGGGAAGCAAUCCGCCAUUUUCUCAAACACCGAGUCAAAUCAGCUCUGUUAUUUUCCGUUUUUUCGACUGUUUUCCGUACCUUGGAGACAUCAUGCCUCGUCGGUGUGUUGUCGGAGGGUGUAACAACACGAACAGGAUUCAAGUUGCACCAGUGGCCCAAAGAUGUGAAAGUGGCAAGAAAUUGGACGUUUGUUCCGCACACUUUACCGACGAAAGCUAUGCUACGACAGAGAUGGCAAGAAUGUGUGGAUAUCCUGCGACACUCAAAGCAGAUGCAUUUCCAACGAUAAAGUCAAAGAAAUCUGCCGCCAGACCCCCAUUGAAUCUGCCGGAGUGUGUGAGCAAUUCAAGGACAAAGGACCUCGGUAGCACGGCAAGCAAUGGCGUCAGUUUGUUCCCGCAGACGAGCGAGCUAAACCCCCUAUCGACCCUAGCUUCCCUGGCCUGCUGACAUCAACUCCAAAACUGGACAGAUCAGCUUUCAGGAAAAGAGUGCGGAUGAGGGUAUGUCUACAGAAUAUAUUAUUUGAUGAAAAUUGGGCUGUCUGCACUCUCAAAGUGCAUGUUGUUGCCAAAUGUAUUUCAUAUGCUGUAAACCUAGUUCAUAGUUGUUAGUUUCCUUUAAUGCCAAACAAACACAUACCAAUCGUUGGUUAGAAGGCGAUCGCCGAAUUCGUCCUCGCUUUCUCCCGUGUCGCUGGCUGUCGUGUCGUUUUCGUCGGUUUCGCUUGCAUACGGUUCAAACCGAUAUGGCUCAAUAGCUUCAGUUUCUUCUUCAAUUUCGUUUUCGCUACCUGCCUCCACACUACAACCAUCCGUUUCAUGUUUGUUUGUGUUGGCUUCACUAUGGGACAUCACAGGAAAAUGGACGGGUGUUUAUAACGAUGGUUAAAAUCAGGUACUUUGAAGCUUUUUUUUUUUAGGGAUAUUGCGUGAUGGGUAAAAUUUAGAAAAAAAAAUUGAAAAAUAUAAUAAGCCACUGGGAACUGAUUUUUAUUGGUUUUAACCAUUCUGAAAUUGUGAUAAUGUUCCCCUUUAAAAAAAACAAACCAAAACAUAGCUGAUGUUCAAGACUGCUGAAAUAUAUUUUCUAAUGAACUUUGCUAUUUUAGUAAUAUGUGUGUCUGCUGGACGGGGUUAUGAAAACAGACCACACGGUUCAGUUUUUUGUUUUGGCAAAGUGUGUUGUUAUUUUUUCGUUAAUUUAAAUGUGAUAUCACAGUUACAAUGACGAGGAACGAAGUGAUUCAGUUGUGUGACAGUAAUUGGUGCACUUUGAAACCUUUCACUGAUUACAUUCGUUUAAAGAUGCAGUAAACACCCAGCAUAGUAUUUAUGGUUGUUUUAAUUAAUCAAGUGUUUCCACUUCAAUUGACACAAGCUUCAUUUUGUGACUGGAAAUGUUAAACAGAGACCUCUUGUGGAUGUAAAAAGAUACUGCACCUUUUUAUUUUUUUCCAUUACAAUCAUUGCUAAUAUUAUUAUUAUCCACAUAAUUAACAGCCAGUCUACCACAGUGCAAUAAGAAAUGCACUGCUGGUCAGUGAGUCUAACCCCAAAACUGUACUUUUUUAUUUUUUAUUUGAUCUUUUGUUGAACCAAAGAGCAGCUAAAAUGUCUUUGUGUGUGUUUUUAUGUAGCACGUAUUUGUGAACAUCUUUCCAAAGUUCAUUUAUGUCUCAUGCUGCAACUUGAGCAGAUAAUGGGCACUUCCUUCUUCUUUAUUGUAAUUUACAUAAUGCCGGAUUAAAGUAUAUUUAUUUGUAUAAGAUUGUGUCACAUGAAUUGACAUUGAACAUUUUUUUUUUUUUUUUUGCCAUGGUGCAACAAGACAAAGGCAUUAUGUAAAAUGUGUGUCACUCUUUUAAUCUACCCACUUUAUUCUGCUUAGUGACUCAAACUAGCAAGGGAAUUGAUUUAGUUCAUUUUAGUCGUGUGUCCAUCAUGCAGGGUUUUUUUGUGUUUUUAAUUUUGGUACAAGUUUCUGCCUGAGAGAAAAUGUGCAAUAAUUCUGUUGAGUAUUUUAGCUAAAGGCCCGAGAGGGACAAGCGGUAGAAAAUGGAAUAUUAAUAUGAAGGCCUCAACAAAGGUUGCUACAGGUGGUCCUCGGGUUGUCUUUAUAUAUUAUCUCCGUCAACGCAUAAUUUGUCAUCCCCAACUACAGCUUCACAAUAAACCUUAAACUUAUGCAAAUUAGCACAAGCCUUAAAUUUUUAAUUUUGCCUAUCAUUCACAAUCUUUAUGUGAGACAAGCAAACACACGUUUUUUUUGGUAUGCAUUCUAAAUAGUAAAUAAUAGCAAACGGAGGUCUAUUCCGCCUAUAAAGCGCUGUAAAAAACAUCCAAAGACCUCCAUCAACGAUUUAUAUAAAUGCUGUAAGUAUAUAUAUUAUGUAGUAACAGGCACGUUUAUAAUAACACAUAAUAGUUACGUAUUUGUAUGCAUUCUAAAUAGUAAAUAAUAGCCAACUUUGGAGGUAUAUUCCGCAUAUAAAGCGCUCUAAAAAAACAUCCAUAAGACCUCCAUCAACGUUUUAUAUAAAUGCUGUAAGCAUAUAUAUUAUGUAGUAACAGGCAUGUUCAUAAUAACACGUAAUAGUUACGUAUUUGUAUGCAUUCUAAAUAGUAAAUAAUAGCAAACGGAGGUCUAUUCCGCCUAUAAAGCGCUCUAAAAAACAUCCAUAAGACCUCCAUCAACGUUUUAUAUAAAUGCUUUAAGUAUAUAUAUUAUGUAGUAACAGGCACGUUCAUAAUAACACGUAAUAGUUACGUAUUUGUAUGCAUUCUAAAUAGUAAAUAAUAGCCAACGUUAGAGGUAUAUUCCGCCUAUAAAGCGCUCUAAAAAACAUCCAAAAGACCUCCAUCAACGUUUUAUAUAAAUACUGUAAGCAUAUAUGUAUUAUGUAGUAACAGGCACGUUCAUAACACGUAAUAGUUACAUAUUUGUAUGCAUUCUAAAUAGUAAGUACUAGCAAACAUUGGAGGUCUAUUCCACCUAUAACAUCCAUAAGACCUCCAUCAACGUUUUAUAUAAAUGCUGUAAGAAUGUAUAUUAUGUAGUAACAGGCACGUUCAUAAUAACAAGUAAUAGUUGCGUAUUUGUAUGCAUUCUAAAUAGUAAAUAAUAGCAAACGUUGGAGGUAUAUUCCGCCUAUAAAGCGCUCUAAAAAACAUCCAUAAGCCCUCCAUCAACGUUUUAUAUAAAUGCUCUAAGAAUAUAUUUCAUGUAGUAACAGGCACGUUCAUAACAACACGUAAUAGUUACGUAUUUGUAUGCAUUCUAAAUAGUAAAUAAUAGCAAACGGAGGUCUAUUCCGCCUAUAAAGCGCUCU